GUUUGGAUUUUUCAAUUAAAAAAAAAAAAACUCAUCUACGCCUUUUCAUAUUUCGCUUGAACAACAACGAAACCCUAAUCUGGUUAAAGUUGGAUUCGGCCAAGUCCACCACCGUGGAGCUCUGAAUUCAUUUCUCUUGUAAUUCAUCGAUCGCUGUUGAAUAUUUUCAAUUUGAGUUCCCACGGUAGAAACCAUUCCGAUUUAUACGGCUACUUCAUCGCUCGAGCUCUCUCGUUUCUGUAUCGAUCGCAGCGUAUCUGAUUUGUCACCGGUUUCAGGCUUGUUUCUCUGACCUCUGGUUAUCGGCUCCCUGAUUUUGCGCUCUAUCUAUUAAUCAAUCUCUUAUUCCAAGUCUUUGUUCCGCUGUUAUCACAGCUCAUCUUCAUCUUCCAUUCACUGGUGUCUUUGGUCCGGCGUCGUUGUGCUGCUUUCAGUUCAUCACAGGAAAGAGCUUUAAAUAUUAAGCUUUGAAUAUUCUCUCAGACCAUCAAAGAUUUGCUUGGUGCACUGGCCGGAAAUGGAUCCUAGUCGAUAUGGUCGUCAGCAAGAAUGGGAUAAUAACAGUGUAAUUGUGGUUUUCUCCUUACAUAUAUGGGAUGAUAAACAAGAUAUUUUUAGGGAUGUUAUGAAUCUCAACUCAUCCGUGGAGUGAGAGACUUGGGAGAGUGAGGAUGUGGAUGGGAUUUGGCUAAUGUAAUAUCCGUCAAUGAUGUUUGUUGCUGACAUAGCUUAUUCUCUUCAAUUCACAGGCUCCGGAGGGUUAUGGUACUCAGCAUGAUCCAAAUCAUCGGUUUGGCGUAUCAUAUGAUGACGGAUAUCCUGAUGAAAGGUUGAUGCGGGAUGAUGUCUACAACUAUCCACCUGGACAUAAUACUCUGGGUGACUUGCCUCAAUCUAGAAAGCGAAACUAUGAAGAAAAUUAUCCCAGUGAACUUCGCAGGCAAGAAAAGCCUUACAUCGAUUCAAAUUAUGCUGCUGACUAUUAUCAUGAUAGUGAAGCUGGGAGUCGUAAUGGACAUUACCGUGAUCAUGAACACGAAAGGUCGUCCAGAUAUGAUGGCUGCGAUGACUAUUCUUGUAAUGAUAACAACUAUAGAUCGAAAAAUUACCAUCAUAGCAGAGAUGAUGGUCGUGAAAAAGAUUAUGAUUAUACUCGCCGAAGUUAUGAUUCUGAGUAUGAAAGGGCCAGUGUGAGAGAUGGCAGUCGAAAGAGCCGUGAUCCGCAGGACAGAGAACGGAAUUCUCGAGAUAGAGAAUGGGAUUCACGUGAUAGGGAGUGGGACAAAAGAUGUUACAGCCGCGAAAGAGAUGAGAGUCCUCAUAAGAGAUAUGAGAAGUCACGAUCUCGAUCUACCGGACGUGGGGAGUUCUCUAGAUCAAGAUCUCCUAGAGGUCGGAGCCAUGGGCGGAGUUACCGGGAGGACAGCUAUGAGGGGGAUCACUGGAAUGAAAGUGAGAGGCGAAGAGAAUAUGAAGAUAGACAUAACCAGGAUCAUUUUUCUGCUGUAUAAAAUAUUCUCUCAUCCCUGGUCUAUAUUCUUUUGUUGCGAAGACAUUUAAAAAAUCCGUUCCUAUAUUUUUAUGGUUUUUGCUAGACCCCAUCCGCCACUGUUGUUGUGAAGGGUCUCUCUAUGAAAUCAACAGAAGAAGAUCUAUACCAGAUUCUGGCUGAAUGGGGUCCUUUGCAUCAUGUUCGUGUUAUUCGGGAGCAAAAUUCUGGGAUUUCUCGUGGAUUUGCUUUUAUUGAUUUCCCCACGGUGGAUGCCGCACGCACCAUGAUGGAUAGAAUUGAGCAUGAUGGUAUAGUUUUGGAUGGAAGGAAACUUAUGUUCCAUUACAGCCAACCUACUGGUAGGGCUGGUGUGUCCCGUAGGCAGGAACAUGCUUCUAGACGCAGUUAUGGUGGAAGUCGAAACAUGAUAGUUCCCACAGAUUGGAUCUGUACAAUCUGUGGCUGUAUCAAUUUUGCGCGGCGAACCUCUUGCUUUCAGUGUAAUGAACCAAAGACCAAGGAUUCUCCUUCAGCGGAUGUAGGUUUAUCAAACUCUGCAGCAGGAAAACGAAUUUCUGAGACAGGUCCAACUCAUGUCCUGGUUGUACGUGGGUUGGAUGAAGAUGCUGAUGAGGAAAUGCUUCGGUAUGAAUUUUCCAAACAUGCUCCUAUCAAGGAUCUUCGUCUUGUGAGAGACAAAUUCACUCAUGUUUCACGAGGAUUUGCAUUCGUGCAUUUCUAUUCGGUUGAGGAUGCUACUAAGGCACUUGAAGCAACAAACAGAACAGCUCUUGAAAGGAAUGGUAAAAUUCUUAGAGUUGCGUAUGCAAAGAGUGUUCAUGGUUCUGGAACUGGUAUAUCAGCACCCUCGCACUCCAACAACCUCGCUGCUGCUGCAAUUGAAGCAGCAACGUUUUCUCAACAGUAUGACGGUGUUGGAUGGGCUCCAAAGGAAUACAAUACUGGUGAGAAACAAAACACUGGAGGGCAGGCCCAGGGUGUUGGGGAAAUUGAAUCCCAGAAAGGGACUUCUGCUCCACAGUCUGGCUAUGUGUGGGAUGAAGCAUCUGGUUAUUACUAUGAUGCGGCUUCUGGAUACUACUACGAUGGAAAUUCAGGUCUCUAUUAUGACAGCAAUAGUGGGCUUUGGUACUCGUAUGACCAGCAAACACAACAAUAUGUUCCUUGUCCUGAUCAGAACAAUGAGAGUAAAGUAACAGAAAACCAACCAGACUCUGCCAAGAAGGAGAAAUCCAGUCAACAAAAGGUUAUUAUCUCGGCGGCUACUACCCCUAAUGUAGAAAAAGUUCUGUCCUUACCAGAUGCGGUUCAGGCGGCUGCUGCAGCAGCAAUUGCAUCAGAGAAGAGAGAGAAAGAGAGAGUGAAAGAGAUAAAACUUGCAUCAAAGACUAGCCUACUCGCCAGCAAGAAAAAAAUGAGUAACGUUUUAACAAUGUGGAAGCAGCGGAGCCAUGAAACCCAAAUACAACGUCCCUCACCCUCACUUGGUGACAAUCCACCUACAGUUUCGGCUGAAGCAAGGUCGUCUUUCUCCACUGGACAAUCCAUGGGCAAACUGAAAUCUGAUGUAAUUAUUGCGAAGGAGAGAAGUACCUCCAAUCAUGGAGUUUCUGCCCUGACAACUGCAGAAAGCUCGAGCAGCAGUACAACAGGAGGAACUUUGAUGGGGGUGAUGAGAGGUUCUUUUGGAGGAACUUUGGGUGGAGCUUCUUCUUCAGCUAGUGUACAAAUGCCGCCAAUAUUACCUUCUGCUUCUCCAGCUUCGGUUUCAGUUUCUGGGAGUGGGAGAAGAAGGUUCUCUGAAACACCGACUGCAGGGCCUACUCAUAGAGAACAGCCUCAGACAUCAUACCGGGACCGUGCUGCAGAAAGAAGAAACUUGUAUGGCUCAUCAACAUCAAGUGGAAAUGAUGUUAUUGAUUCAAGUGAGGAUUUAAUGGGGUUGAGGAAAGGUUCAUCGGAUCCAACACCAUUUCCUCCUGGUGUGGGUGGACGUGGGAUUACAACAAGCACCGAAGUCAGUAGUUUCGAUGUGAUUACAGAAGAGAGAGCAAUAGAUGAGAGUAACGUGGGAAACAGAAUGCUGAGGAACAUGGGUUGGCACGAAGGAUCGGGUUUGGGGAAAGACGGGAGCGGAAUGAAAGAACCGGUGCAAGCGCAAGGCGUUGAUAGGAGAGCAGGACUUGGGAGUCAGCAGAAGAAAGUUGAUGCUGAGUUUGAGGUUCAGCCUGGUGACACUUACAGAACUCUUCUCCAUAAGAAAGCACUUGCGAGAUUUCGUGACAUGUCUGACAAUAAUUGACUCUCUCUGUGUGUAAAGUCAGUUGGAAACUUCUAAAUUCCGUUGUGCUUAAACUGUGAAAGUGAUUUUGAUUUUGUUCUUUUUGUUAAAUUAUUAUUAAUGAAAAGAGACAGAUUAGUACUACUUGAGUUUAUAUGGACCUUAAAACCUUUGUAUUAUUAAUGUAUCUGGAGGCAACAACGACCCGAAGACAACAACAGUAUUUAAA